UGGUUCCAGUGGAGAUGGGAUGUCUGGGAGGGAAGACCGAGGAAGAACGGCUGGAUGAAAAAGCAAAGAGAGAAGCCAACAAGAAGAUCGAGAGACAACUUCAGAAAGAGAGACAAACUUACAAAGCUACACACAGACUACUACUGCUGGGAGCAGGAGAAUCGGGCAAAAGCACCAUUGUGAAACAGAUGAGGAUUCUUCAUGUUGAUGGUUUCAACGCUGAAGAGAAGCAGCAGAAGGUCCAAGACAUCAGGAAGAACGUGAAGGACGCCAUCGUGACCAUCGUGGCUGCCAUGACCACGUUGACUCCUCCCAUUCCUCUUGGUAACCCAGGCAAUGAGUUCAGACUUGAAUACGUCAAGAGCAUCGCACCGCUGUCUGACUUUGAAUACACAGAGGACUUCUUUGAACACACUCAGAAACUUUGGGAGGACGACGGCGUAAAAAUGUGCUUUGAACGCGCCAACGAAUAUCAGCUGAUUGACUGCGCUAAGUACUUCCUAGACCGGCUGGACUCAGUUCGGAGGACGGACUACACCCCUAAUGACCAGGAUUUGUUGCGCUGCAGAGUUUUGACUUCAGGGAUUUUUGAGACCAGAUUUCAGGUCGAUAAGGUCAACUUCCACAUGUUUGAUGUAGGCGGACAGCGAGACGAACGCAGGAAGUGGAUCCAGUGCUUCAAUGAUGUGACGGCCAUCAUCUUCGUGGCGGCAAGCAGCAGCUACAACAUGGUGAUUAGAGAGGACAACUCCACCAACCGGCUCAGAGAGUCUCUGGACCUCUUCAGGUCUAUCUGGACCAAUAGGUUCCUGAAGACCAUUUCCGUGAUCUUGUUCCUGAACAAACAAGAUGUUCUCGCUGACAAGAUUCUCGCCGGAAAAUCUAAACUGGAGGAUUAUUUCCCAGAAUACAGCAACUACCAAGUAUCUGCUGAAGCUGUUCCAGAUGCGGAUGAAGACCCUCAAGUGACCCGAGCCAAGUUCUUCAUAAGAGACGAAUUUCUGAGGAUCAGCACAGCGAGCGGAGAAGGGAAACAUUAUUGUUAUCCUCACUUCACCUGCGCCAUCGACACUGAAAACAUCCGCCGCGUCUUCAAUGACUGCCGUGACAUCAUCCAGCGAAUGCACCUGCGCCAGUACGAGCUGCUCUGAUUGGCCACUGGGAGCUAAAUGUAUAGAUAUUGCUCUGCCGUUGUUUUGUUGAUUCGUGAUAAUUGAUUGUCGGGUCUGUGUAGAGGCAUGACUGGUUCUUAGCUAGUUUGAAAAUAAAUAAUUGACAUCAAUAGAAUUAUUAUUCUUAGAAAAUAAAGAAAAGCCUCAUUAAAGGGAUUUGAAAACUCACUAAGGAGAUUUUGAAGGGCUUUAACUUUGAUCUGUCGAAUUUAGCAAAUCUUUUGAUCUAGCCUAUUCCUGUUAUGUGCUGAAACAUGAUUACUAUGAUACUAUAAAAUAUUCACAACUUAAAACGACUGUUGAAAUCAACAUCCAACUAUUCUGCAUAUUUCCUGUGAUUACUAAAUGUAACAGCUGAUAAAAGCGUCACCAUGGAAACAAACCCUGCUGUUCCCUCUCGGGUAAGCACAUUAGCUCUGUUAGCUCUUUUAGCUGCUAGCUUUGUUCACAACAGUCGCCGUCACCAUGGUGAUAGAAAAAUAUAUUUUACAUUAAGCAACUUUAAA